AUGGACCGCUACGUCCUGCUCUUGAGUUGGGGAGAUCGCAAGGGCGAGGGUGCUGCGGCCGGUGGCUCCGGGGCAGCUGGGGCUGCUGCAACUGUUUAUCAAUUCCUGAAAGAAAGCUGCAACUCGUUUAUAAAUGCAGAUGUGAGCACAUUCCCAGCAUGUUCAGUGGCUGGUGUUCCAGGUGUAAAGAAAUGGUAUUUUGCAAGUCAAGUUGUAUGUGGUUAUUAUCAGUUCUGCAGUUCUGACUGGGAGGAAAUAAAUUUCGACACACAGAAAAAUAAAGAAUCUCUCCAAACAAGUAUUGAUGAAUGCUUGGGAGCCAUACAAAAUUUUGAGGAAGAGGACAAUAACAGUAGAGAGUCGCUGUCAAUGACUGAUAUCUAUGAUGAAGCUGCAGAAAGUCUACAUCAGCUAGCAGAUAAACUGCCUGCUCCAGGCAGAGCAAUGGUUGAUGUAAUACUGCAGGCCGUUGAGCAAGAUGGACCCAAGUUAAAAGACUGCUUACUUGCUGUCGGUGCCCUGAAACACCUCAGAGAAUGGCACUCUGCACAAAUCACUAUUGCAGCAGAUGACUCUAAAGGUAGCUGGCAAAAGAUUGCAGACUAUCUGUCAGCAGACUUUGUAUCUUCAGAUAAUAUCAUGAAUAUUAUUGAUUUAAAAGAACUCUGGAGAGGAAAGAUUCAGAUAUGGGAAAAAAAGUUUGGAUCACAAGUUAAGUUUCCAGAAUUUUGUAUCAAGGGCACUUCCAUAAAGACUUUCAACACUUCACAUUUAUGUUCUUGCUUUGGGGCUAAAGAAGAGCGACAAUGGAGGAAUACUGAUGCUUUGCCAGAGGUGUUUCAUUACUAUGGUCCUGCACUAGAAUUUUUACAAAUGGUGGUGCUCUCUGAUCUUCCUUCCUUUUUUGUAUCAGAUCUGGAAUUUGAGUUGAGCCUGACAAGAAAGAAUAUCAAUGAGACAUCUAUGCUGUUUUUGGACCAAAUUUCAUCUCUUUCUGGAAAGGUGGGAGCUUUAUUCUCAUUGCCAUGUAAUGUAAGCAGUGUAGUGAUCCCAUGCCCUGCCCAGCUGAGUACCAAGAAAUGGAAGGAAUAUAUGGCUAGGAAACCCAAGGUCAUUACUGUUCCAGAAAUUGAGCUGAAAGGAGAAUCUUGUCGAUAUUAUUUCUUGCUACAAGGCAAUGGCUCUGGAGGAUGUAAAGCAACCUUGAUUCAUUCAGCUAGCCAGAUCAAUGGUAUGGCCACUCUUUCUGCAGCAAAUGAAAAGCUGAAGACAAAAGCAGAAGAAACAGAGUCAAGCUUUCAUGUUGCUGACUUUAUCAAGACUCUGCCAUGUUUUUGUGGAGAGGAGAUUGUACAGAGGGAAAAGAAACUGUCUCAUCUCCAGGUGUUUGCCUUGAAGGAGUAUCUCAAGAGAAAGGAACUGACCAACCAACCUCCAGUUAUUUCUACAGCUGAGUUCAAAAACUUGUUAGAACUUACAAGAGAAUGUUUUUGGAACCUGUGCAACACUCGUCUUCCUAAACCUGUUUUAGAGAAGGCUGGCAAUAAAACCAGGUCAUACACUGUGACUUCUGAAUCUGAUUUAAUGGAGCUGAAUCCAUUGGAGUGGGCAGAAAGUCAUGUUCUUCAGAACUUGGAGAAUUUUGAAAAAAACAAACAAAAAAUGAGAGUUUCUAUGUUUGCACAUUCAUCUGAACAAUUGCUGGGGCAUAAAGAUAGCCAGCGGGAGUCCUUGACGUUGCUGGAUGCUAAGGAAUUACUGAAAUAUUUCACACCAGAAGGGCUGCCAGUUGGUGAUCUUCAGCCACUGCAAAUUCCCAAACGUGAGAACACAUUCCUUUUGACACCAGCGCUGACUCCUCGGAAACUCAGGGGUUUACCUUUUGAAAAAGCAACUGGAUGCCAUUAUCAUGGACUGGAAUAUUGUCUGGAUACCAGAAGAGCCUUAGAGAGAGAUGUGAGUUAUGCUGAACUUCAAACUCGUCUGAUUCGCUAUGAAACUCAGACUACUUGCGCCAAAGAGUGCUGCCCUGUGCCAGUUGUCCUGAGCCCUCUCCCAUCUCCUGCAGUCUUGUCAGAGCCUGGAAGUGUCCCUGAUGGAGAGUCUUUACAAAGUGAAUUCCAAACAGAGGCGUCAAGGCUAAAACACAGAUCAAAAGAGUUGGAUUGCUUUUAUCCCAAGAAAAGGCUAACCAAAUCUGAGAGUACAGAUUCCCUCCUCUCUCAGGCAAGUGGAAGUACUGGGAGUCACUGUACAGUUGCCGUAAAGAGGAAUCGCUCUGAAAGAGCAUUUUCUGUUGCUUCACUGCCCUUGAAACAGCCUGGUCAGCCCCACAAAGUAAUCACUGAGGUUGGCUCAGCAAGUCACUUAAGUGCAACUGAAACCCAGGCUUCAAAGCCAGCUAAGGAAUCAAGAUCCCAGAAACAUACAAGGAUGCUGAAGGAAGUGGUUGCCAAGACUCUUCAAAACCAUGGAAUUACAGAGGAUCACAAGUGUUUUGUGUCAUGCAGCCAGCGUCUAUUUGAGAUAUCCAAGUUCUACUUAAAGGAUCUGAAAACUUCUAGAGGGCUUCUUGAGGAAAUGAAGAAAACAGCAAAUAACAAUGCUAAACAGGUGAUUGAAUGGGUUUUGGAGAAGACUGGGAAGUAG